AACAUGCACAAAUCGAGGACAAUGGCCAUCUCUCUACUACAUAGGCCGUGACGAACGCCUCAUGACCACUCUUCUUCUUCUUCCUUGCUUUCUUCGCGCUCAGAGUAGACGCGCCGACCUACUCGAUCGCUGCGUUCGCACUUGAGACAUACUUCGCUCUCUAUUGUUCUUUGCGGCCUGAUCGACGCACUGCCGUGCCACGUUCCGCCACAAUCAGAACCUCCAACUGGCCCCAGAUGCCCCCAAGGUUCAUCAUCGAGGACGCAGGGACGAUCCGGGAGACACGCGACGACCCGAACUCACCCUCGCGUCCGCGGAAGCGCGCGCGAGUCGACUCAGUAGCUGACGGCGGAGGGUACGAGUACACGGGGACCGAGCGUCCUACCGAGCCUUGUGGCCCGGUGCACGACGAUCCAGUCUACUUCUCGAACGAUGCGGAUGCGGAGUGUGUGGUGCGCGUUGGCAAUACGCGGUUCAAGGUCAAAGGCGAUCUUCUAGCGGAUGUCUCGAUCUUGUUCAAGGAUAUGCUGCUCCGCCAGAGACGCUUGAAGAGACAACCGGACGGUUCGAUGUACCCGUUGGUACUCGUUUCGAUUACGCUGCCCGAAGAGUUCCGGGCACUGAUGUGGGCUUUGAAUGCCAGUGAAAAAGAACUUUUAGCCCAACCUAUCGAGCACGACGAAAUCGACCGCCUGCUCUCCAUCUCCUCCAUAUCGUACCAGUUCGAUUGCCCGAAACUAAAGACAUGGGCAAACGCCGCCCUUCUCCGCACUUUUUCCGCGGAGACUUCUCUCCUAUCAAGCUGCUCGUCGGCGCUGCUCACCCGUGCUCUGGACGUCGCCAUCCGCACCCGCCAAGACGACCUGAUCGAAGCGACAAUCACGCGCUGGUGCGAACGCCUGAAGACGGGCGACACACCCUGCGUGCCGGCCAUCAUCGCCGCGGACAUCCACGAACUGCAGGGCCUGCGCGGGGUGGCCUACUACCAGCAUGUGCAGAGCAUGAUCGCGCGGCAGACGACCGUGACGGGGCGCGGGGCGACGCAGUUCACGGCCGACGCGCGGCUGAGCAAUGCGCAGGUGAUGCGGCUUCUGUCGGGGCACUGGUCGCUUGUCAGUCUCUGGGAACGGACGAGGAAGAGCGCGGUCAAUUUCGCUUGCGAGUGCAGCGGUGUGAAGAGUUUGUGUGCGGACCUCUGGGUGCAGCGGUGGAAAUGCGCUGUGACGUCAGACAGGGUGAAUGCGCUCAGCUCAGGCAGCAUCUUGAGGUUGAUCGCCUUGGUCGGGGAUAUCCUGGCGGCGGACCAGAGGUUGAAGGAAGAGAUGUCUCCGGGGUGCCGGCGUAAUGCGCUGGCAGCAGUCAAGACACGCGCAGAAGAGAUCGAGGAAGGUAUUGCUGACCACUUCUUUGGGUGGCUUUGAGCUUUCCCUUUGCCUGUACAUGCUACUUAUUUGCCAUUUGCUUUGUACUUCUAGUCAUCGGUGUACAUGUAUUAUGAUGUUAGACAUGCAUACAGCAUCUGUAACUCACACGCGACUGCCUCACUCGCCGGCACGUCGAUCUUUAUCUCAAUGUGCCCCGCACUGCUGUAGAGAGUGGAAACGAGCCCAGUGUGCAUUGUACUCG